GCCGAAAACCCACCGUUUGUGGGUUUUCUGUCUCUCGAAUUUGUUUGGUUGCAGAGCUCUCUCUCACUGAGAUGGCCUCGAUCUCUUUCUCUCACUACCUGCUUGACAGUCAAAGCCACAAUUUCCUUCACCAUGUUAAUGGCUCCUCUGCACCCAAAUUCAAACCAUUUUAUCAACCACAAGCUCUCUCUCUAAGUAAUGGCUUUCAAUGCUCAGGAAUUGAAAAGGAAAGUACCAACUCUCAUCCAAAUUCACCUUUGAAGCAACUGAAGAAUGUAGCCUGUAGUUUGCUUGCUGUUUGGGCAGUGACUACUGUGUCACCUGCACUUGCUGCCAAUCAGAGGCUUCCACCAUUAUCGACCGAGCCAAAUCGGUGCGAGCGUGCAUUUGUUGGAAACACAAUUGGUCAAGCAAAUGGUGUCUAUGACAAACCUCUGGACCUUCGAUUUUGUGACUUCACGAAUGAAAAAUCCAAUUUAAAAGGAAAAUCUCUUGCAGCUGCCCUAAUGUCAGAUGCUAAAUUUGAUGGUGCUGAUAUGUCGGAGGUCAUUAUGUCAAAGGCUUAUGCUGUUGGGGCAAGCUUUAAAGGUGUUAACUUUUCGAACGCAGUCUUGGAUAGAGUAAACUUUGGGAAUGCCAACAUGCAAGGUGCCGUGUUUAGGAACUCUGUGCUGUCGGGUUCUACAUUUGUUGAUACCCAAUUGGACAAUGCAGUGUUUGAUGAUACCAUCAUAGGUUACAUUGAUCUUCAAAAGCUUUGUACCAAUAAGACUAUCACUGAAGAAGGAAGAGAUGUGCUUGGUUGCAGGUGAACUUCAAAAAUUUGUGGACGUUUUUGGAAUUGACAAUUAAUCCUGAGUUUUCUCUCGAGAAUUUUGGGUUGUAAUGGUAAGUAGGAUUGCCUUUAUUCAAUGUAUUUGUUUUUUAUUAUAUGUACAUGAAAAUUUGUUUCAAGAAUGAAGGAAAUAAAUUACCAUACAAUUAAGCGAA